GUUGGCCGCAAUCUUACGAUUUGUGUGAUCGCCCAAACUUCGCACAGUUUGUCGAUAAUUCCACCAUUAACCAAUCACCUGCAGGGUACCGGGGAAAAGCUGGGAUGAAGCCUGUGAAAGAAAGCAAAAAAUAUCGAGCAGGCUCCAAACUCCAGACAGAAACCUCAAAGGCUAAGGAAGAAGAAUUCUCAUUUCUGCCACCCAAGACUAAAAUUGGCACCACCAAAAAGAAAUCCACCAAGACAGAAUCUGGUGUAGAAAUACCUUCCAACAAGGGUGAUAUCAGAGAGUCAGGAGACAGGAGAAGAGUGAAAUCUUCCAAAUGUGGUGCCAAACUGUCUCAACCUCAAGAUGAGUCGGUCAAAGAUUCAGCAAGGGUAAGAAAGAGGGCACGGCUUACCAAGAAAGGUAAGACAGCCAGCAGAGCUGAAGAGGAGCAGUUGGCUGAAAAACUUGUUCAGACGAAGGGCCAGGAAGAGCAGGUAUCUGUCAAGAGAGCAACAAAGAGGAAAGCGGCAGUUCCGUCAGAUAACGAGGUCAGAAAGAGGAAAGUCUCAAAGAAAAAGACCUCCGAAACUGAACUAGAAACAGAGAAAAAAGGAGAAGCUGUGCCUGUCGAGAGAAGUGGCGAUUCAGAUGGGAGCAAAAAGAAAGUUCGAAAACUCAAAGAGACAAAGGAAACUGUAGAUGUUAAAACUGAAUGCGGUACCCGACCAAAGAGAAGAAAGACACUGGAUGUGGAGGCAGCCGGUGAUCGAGAGAAAAAGCAGAAGCUGAGCCCUCGGCCCAAGACAAGGGCCAAGAAGGUUGUAGAGAAGCUGCCAACAAAAAAGGCUGGGACAGAGAGGGGUGGGGUUGGGAAAGGUGGGGCCAAGCAGGGCGUGGCAAAAGAAAGAGCAGUGGAAGAGGUAGCAGUUGGCAAGGAGGCGGUGAAUGGUGACACUGAAGACAAGGCAGUCUCAGAGAUGGCCAGAGAGGUGGUAUCCAAGGCAACAAAGUUUGUUGGAGCGCACAUGAGCAUUUCAGGAGGUCUUGACAAUGCCGUCAAGGGUGCUGUGGCGACGGGCUCCAGAGCCUUUGCCCUGUUCCUGCGCUCCCAGCGGCAGUGGAACGCCAAGCCCCUGGAGGAGGAACCGGCCGAGAAGUUCCGCCAGGCCUGCCGAGAGCACAACUUUCUGCCUCACCUGAUCCUCCCCCACGGCUCCUACCUGCUGAACUGCGGUUCCCCCAACGAGGAGACGCUGCGCAAGUCCCGCGAGACCCUGGCUGAUGAGCUGAAUCGCUGCGAGAAGCUGGGCCUGACCAGGUACAACUUCCAUCCUGGAUCCACGUGUGGACAGAUGACAGUGGAGGAAUGCCUGGACAAGAUUGGUGAAACCAUCAACAUAGUGCACCAACAAACAAACAAAGUCAUGACAGUGAUUGAAAACAUGAGUCGGCAAGGGAGCACCAUCGGAGGGAGGUUUGAGGAGCUGGGUGGUAUUAUUGAGAGAGUGAAGGACAAGACAAGGAUUGGUGUCUGCCUGGACACCUGCCACGCAUUUGCAGCAGGUUUUGACCUGUCCACUGAAGCUGGGUACCAGCAGAUGAUGGAGGACUUUGAUCAAAUCGUCGGGCUGAAGUACCUGGUGGCAGUGCAUCUCAAUGACUCAAAAGGUAAAGUUGGCAGCCAUCUGGACAGACAUGAGAAGAUUGGCCAAGGUCAGAUCGGUCUGAAGGCAUUCCAGCGACUGAUGAACGAUCCGCGUUUUGAUAACAUCCCUCUGAUACUAGAGACUCCAGUCGAGGAUGGUAUGGAUUACGCCAAGGAGAUCAAACUGCUGCACUCACUGGUUGGGAAAUCAUAAAACAGUGUGCCCUAAUAGAUCUUGAGAGUACUGUCUAGAAUGAUCUGGUAUAAAGAUUUACUUAGAGUGGUUAGAAAAAUCUCUAACGCACAAAUAAGCAGUAGGAAAAACUUGAUGAAUGCACGGGUAGGCACAAAGAAUUGCCCGCUGAAUUCUGUGAAACCAAAUAAGUUUUUUGAGAUAAGUUGCAACAAACAAAUUAUGUUAACAUUUCAAUGCCCUCAAGUUACAUUUCUUCUGGCAGACAAUUUAGAAUAAGAUGUAACUGCAGGGAUUCUGCUUGGAAGGACAAAUCCUCAUCAAAUUCAUAUCGUUCUUAAGAAAAAACAAAUAUAUCAUGUGUUGAUUAAAGUUUGUUUGUUGGGGGUGUUGGGGUGUUUGUUUGUUUGUUUGUUUGUUUGUUUUGGCCUAUGGUAAACAGAUGAAAACAGUGGCCUGAAAUUAUGCCUGCUGGUGUUGUGAGGCCACUAUAAAUACGUUUGUGCGGAACUGUAGUUUUUCUUUAUUCCUGAUGUAUAAGCCAAGAUAGUUUUCUACCUUUGUUUUCAUAAAUCCACCCUCAACUUUUGUACCUUUGUAUUCUUAAAUAGCUUUCAUAACAAAGCAAAGAUCUUGUUCCCAAAUUUCAGGGCAUUUUCAUAUUCUCCAUAAAAGGAACAGUUAGAUAAAACUUGAAAAAACAUUCAACAUUUGCUGGUUACGACUUUGAAGCGCCCCAUGUAAAAAGUUCAAUAACACCAAUUGUUAAAUAAUGAAAAA